CUGCCGCUGCUGCUGCUGCUGCUGCUGCUACACUUGAAAAGUGGCUCUACGCGCAACUCGGAUUUGACACUAAACAAUACGCGUACAAAAGUCGGCGCUUCUCUCCACGUCGCCGAAUAUAAUAUUAUUAUAAUAAUAUAAACGUAUCGUUGUCAUUAUUAUUAUCAUUAUUAUUGUGCUCGACGCUUUUGUUCUCGAUAAACGCGUUUUUUCCCCUUCAUUUCGCGUUUUAUAUUAUUCGCCGGAGGUCCGGUAUUUGGUAUUUGCGAUUUUUAUCGCUCUUUGUUAAUGUUUGUAUCCUCUCCGCGAUAAUAUCCGAUUUCGUCUUUAGUUUUUCACGCGUCGUACAUACUACUAACGGCGCCCGCCCGAAAUCACGAAAUCGCGAAAUCUACGACGACGGUAUUAUAAUGAUUGAACAACAACUAAUCGAUGUAUCCGAUGCGACAUGGUCGUCGUCGACGGUGCCGCCGCCGCCAACGCCGCCGAUGCAGCCGCCGCCGCUGUCGAUUCGGCAGUACGCGUCACUGCAAUAAUAAUAAUAUAACGAUAGCGCCGCCGUCGUCAUCUGCUUCCGAUGGUGCCGAAAACGAGAAUAUUCCAUCCGCGACACCGAUGUAGUGAUGACGCUCCUCGCGGCACAACCGUCGUCGUCGUCGUCGUCGUCGCCGGGACCACGUCGUAAACGGACAAUUAUAUUGUUUGUCAACCGCGGUUGGCAGCUUCUCGCAGUCACAGGCGAAGAUAUUCAUAUGUUCUAUUGAGUUGUUCAAUAUAUCAAAUUUUGACAAAAUGAAGUUGAUUCCUUCCAAAGCACCACUUUCAUACGCUUCUGGAUCAAACACUAAAGAUUUUAUAAUAUGUACUAUAAUUCUUCUCUUUUUAAUUGGCGAUGUCAAAACUAUGACUCACAUCUUGAGGCAUCAUCAGCAAAGAGACAAUACUGGGCUAAGUACUUUAAGCCCUUUAGAGCAAUUAACUUGGCCUCAUUCAGAUGUGAAGUUACCAUGCGGAAUUGUACCCGCUUUAAAUGUUACGUCCAAUUGGUUACAAAUGAAACUAAAAUGGCUGCACAAUGGGAAGAACGUUGACCUUGGACAUCGUUAUAACUUAAACCAUAACACAGGAGUUUUAGUUAUUAAUAAUAUAAGGCUAGAUGAUAAUGGGAUAUGGCAAUGCGUAAACGAAAAACAAUUAGCUAGAGCAAUAAAUUUAGUAGUUUUAGAAAUUCCAAAAGAACCUUACUUGUUAAUCGAUGGGCAUCGUUUAGACCCUGGAAAUUUAUUUGUACCAGUAAAAGAAAACAUGGAUUUAAGUAUAGAGUGUGUGGUUGAAGGUGGAAAUCCAAUGCCAUCCUUACAUUGGUUAAUAUUUCCAAGUAAUUCAAACAUAGAAAAUGAAGCCAUGUCUUCGGGAUUACUGCAGUCUAACGAAUCGUAUCAAGAGAAAGACAUUAGUCGUAGUUCAGCUAAGAUUCAAAGAGUACUUAGAGCUCAUCACAAUGCUACUGUGGCGUGUAUAGUUACACAUGUUACUCUUGUAACCCCCUUGAACACUUCUAUUCUUCUUGAUGUUCAAUAUACUCCCUCUUUCGGAAUUAGUAGAAUUCCCGGAUUUGGAAUACCUAUUAAAGAAAGUAUUUCAGUGUCUCUUAAAUGCGAUGUUGAUUCAAAUCCACCAUCAACUCCUGUCUGGCAAAAAGAUGAUAGUGCGCCACCUGUUCUUCAAACUGAUGAUGGUUUUUUAAACUUUACGUCAAUACGAAGAAAUCAUAGUGGCUGGUAUAAAUGCACAAGCAGACAUUUAUUAUCUGAAUAUUCUUCAAUUGGUUAUUUUUUAAAUGUUAGAUACGAUUUAAAUGACCUUGAUACUGUGCGUAAAGAAUUAAUUGAAGAAGAUAAUUCUGGUUCCUCUGAAUCAGUUGAGGUCACCGUUGGUGGCGAAGUUCAACUAGAGUGUCCAUCAGGACCUAGUGCGGCAAUACCAUGUUGGGCUAAGACUGGAAAUGAUAAUGACCUACAACCAAUAGGGUCAAGUAGUAAUCUUCGUAUAGAUCAGGUUUUAUAUCAAGAAGCCGGUGAAUAUAAAUGUAUUGUUGGAAGUAAAAAUGAAAAUUUAGAAAAGCUCAGGGUGUAUACACUUCAUUUGAAUGUUGUCGGUGGUCCAGUGAUAUAUACUGAAAACAGAACUAUUGUUGCACACGAAGGAAAUGACACUCGAUUGUCAGCAGAGUUUUGUUCUAAUCCAAUGGUAAACAAAGUUUUUUGGAUAGCCAGUGAUAGAGUUAUUAGACCAGGAACCGCUGUAGGACAGAUUACAGCUCAUAACAUAACCUCAUCAACAUCUUCUUAUUGCCAAGUAGCUACUCUCACGAUACAAUCGGUAACACCAGUACACAGCGGAGAGUAUAAUUUGAUCGUCGGUUCCGGUAAAACGUUAGUAGAAGCUACAGUCAUAUUGAGUGUGACAAAGAGUACACGAAACAGAGAGCCCGUCCAAACAUCUAGUUCACAUUCAGUUUGCUCAAAAAUGUUUGAUAAUUACUUAAUUAUGUGUUUAGUUACGUCAAUUUUUACGCAUUUAAAACAUUAAUAAUAAAUUAUUAUUUACUUAUAUGUUAUACAUUAUAUGAAAAAAAGAAAAAAGAACAAAUUGUAUAGAAGUUCUUAUUGUUGUAUAAUUGUUAAUUAAUAAUGCAUGUCACACGGAUAUGUGGUUUAGGUAAAAUAUUUAUAUAAAUAUAAUAUACUAUUUAAUAAAAAUAUUUUGAAAACAAAAAUAUGUUUGACACCAAGAUAUAUAAAGAUCCGUCUAAUAUAGAAAACUGUAGAAACACAAAAUCAAUAAUAAAUUAUUUUAUAUUCCUAAAAUAAAAGUGAUUAGAAAAAUGUUUGAGAUCUAUAUAUUAUACAUUGUCUGCAUAUGCCACUUACAUUUAUA